AAAAGGCGCUGAGGAGGAGGAGCCCGCGGCCUUCGGGAACGGCGGGACAGGUCGGGAGGCGGCGGCCUCGGUACCUGUGGCGGCAACGCGGGGCAGCGGCCCUCGGUGCCCGUGGCGGGAGACUCCGGGGAGGCAGCGGUGGGGAGCGCGGCCCCUCCCGGCAGUGCCGUGCCGGUGUCGGCCUUCGCCGUGCAGGGACUCCCGGCAACGGUCCCGCAGCCGAACUCUUCUGCAGUGAGGUGGAGAUCAGAGGAACCGGGCUUCACCUUCCGAGGCCGGGUUAGGUGCUUACGAGAGGGAUAACUUAAGGCAAUGGCUCACCCUGCAAGUCUUUCUGCAUCCUGCAGGCUCGGGGUUUGUCUAACAGGAGUAAUUACAAAUACUGAAAGAGACGCUCAUUAAAUUAUUUUUAGGGUAGUAUCCACCAUGCUUCUGUCCCAUCACGGACUACUCUCUUGUUUGUGGCCCAGUAUUGCUUAUUUAAAAUGGAGUUCAAGUGCUUUUCUGCAGGUAGUGAAGGCGCAAGGAAAGAGAGAACAUAUUAGAGGAAGAAAAGGUAGAUUUGUGAACUGUUAUUUAAAAGCAAGCAGAAUAUUUCAUGUGUUGCCAUGUCUGAAGAUGCUUUAUUGGAAGAGGACAUUUGGGAGUACAAAUCUAUUAGGAAGCAAAAGCAUCAGAGUAAUUCAGAGAGCAUCUCUACACCUGUGCAGAAAGUAGGUGAUGGCAAGUGCAGGCCAAAAAGAAAGAGAAAUGGAAAUAAAAAAACAUCUGUAGAAAAACCUGAUGAUCUUCAGAAAAGCGAGCAGAAAUCAAGGCCAAAUCCAGAUGUAGAUCAAUGUAAAGAUGACAGCAGUGUGCACUCCCAGGAAAGCGUGAGUAGCCUGACGGAGCAAAGCUCACAAAAUGCUAAGCCUGUUCCUGAUGGAUACUGCCCGAGCUGCCAGAUGCCUUUCUCUUUGCUAUUGGUCCAGACACCUCGGUGGCACGCUGCUGAAUGUUUGGAUACUCCAGGAUCCACUCAAAAAGAGUGUCCUGAUGGAUUACUGUGCAAUUCCACUAUCCCAUCCCACUACAAGCGCUAUAGCCAUUUUCUACUUGCAGCAAGCAGAGCAGGGGAUUAUCUUGGGGACUCUUCAGCAAGCACUUUGGAAGAGCAGAUGAUACAUUCUACUGCUGUAAAGCCCAUCUGUUCCCCAAGUCAUGCAGAAAUUUCACAGAAUGAGAAACCAUCUAAUAAUGUAAAAAAUGUCAGAAAUGACGCCUCUUUGUUGAUGGUACAGAGUUCACCACAAAUGAAGUCUCUAAAUAUAAUCAGUAAAAGUACUUCCUCUUUUGCAGAUAUUCAAAAGUCUGAACAGACAGGUCAGCUUACGCAAACCACAGAUAAUAGUUGUAAAUUUGAAUUUUAUGACUUUGCAGCCUCUCAAGAAAGUGGAACAGAAGAUCUUUGUAGUCAGAAAGAUACAAGUCAGCCAAGUCUACUACAGUCAAAAGCUGACUUCAGUGAUUGUGAAAUUUCCUAUUCUCCACUGAGUACUUUUGAGGAAAGUGAAGAGGAAAGCGAGGAAGAGAAGAAGAAAGUAAAAUUAUCACAAAAUAAAUUAUUCGAAGUCCAGAACUUUGAAGAUGAAGAAUCUAAUUCUGUGGUGUUUAAAACACCUAAUGAACUUUUCUUAAACCAGAAGCCUCAGUAUGAGCUCACCAAAAUGGGAAACUUCGUAACUAAAAAAACACACUGUGAGGAAAUGAAUACAAUGAACUAUCUAGAUCACAGUAUGAAGACUGUUUCUCAGCAUCUCAUGAACAGCAAGUUUUGUAAUUCAUCAUGUGUAGAUCAUCAGCAAGAGGCACUACCCAGUGGAUCCUCUUUUCCUCUUAAUUGUGAGGAUGUUGAACAGCUGGAAUUCAUUUCCUCUGCUGCUAAAGCAGGAAACACAGAGUCAGAAGAUACUGGUGCUUUGGAUUCUGCAUACAUGAGUUUUGCUGAGACCUCAUCAGUGCUAGUCAGAGGAGGUGUUGGGUCUCCUCUGACACAGAAAAGUAAUGUUUUGAGGGACCCAAGUAACACUUUAACUAAUGCAGAUAAAAUGAUUGCCGACGCAGUCGAAAAAGCACCUCAUCGGGAGAGUUUGCAGUCAGUACUGGAGAAAGAAGGAAAUCUUAAUACAGCUGCUGUGUGCUUUCCCAGCCCCACCUCUAAAACAGGGUCAUCUCUUUCUUUAGCAAGUAUGAAUGCCAAGUCCGGUUCUGCAAAAGAACUUAAACAAAUGGACAUUGGUGUUUUCUUUGGGUUAAAACCCAAAAUAAAAGAGGAAAGCGAAGGAGAGACUUGUUUGAGUCAGGGAAAUCAGAUACCAAGUUCAGUAACUCCCAAUGGAAAGAGGCCCAGACAGGGAAAAAGGAAAGCAGGAGGGUCUGUGGAAGAUGUAGGAGCAGUUACAGAAAGUUCAAGUGCAAAUGGAGCCUGUGCAAAUGUAAGUUCUGGUGGCCAACGAAGAUGGAGAAAAAAGCUAAAAAAAUUACCUGUUGCAGGUGAAGGCACAGGAAAAAAACACUGCCCAUUCUACAAGAAAAUACCAGGAACGGGUUUUACAGUUGACGCCUUCCAGUAUGGAGAAAUUGAAGGCUGCACAGCUUAUUUCCUUACUCAUUUUCACUCUGAUCACUAUUGUGGGCUAACAAAAAACUUCGCAUUUCCAAUCUAUUGUAAUAAGAUUACUGGCAACCUGGUGAAGGCCAAACUUCGAGUCAAAGAGGAGUACAUCCAUGUGCUGCCGAUGGACACAGAGUGCAUAGUCAAUGGGAUCAAAGUGUUGUUGCUCGAUGCCAAUCAUUGUCCAGGCGCAACAAUGAUCCUUUUCUGUCUACCCAGUGGAACAGUUAUUCUGCACACAGGAGACUUCAGGGCAGAUCCUUCUAUGGAGCGCUACCCUGCUUUGGUUGGUCAACAAGUCCACACCCUUUACCUCGAUACCACAUACUGUAGUCCGGAAUACACUUUUCCUUCUCAACAAGAGGUUAUCCAGUUUGCUGUCAAUACUGCCUUUGAGACAGUUACUUUAAACCCACGUACUCUAGUUGUCUGUGGCACGUAUUCCAUUGGAAAAGAAAAAGUUUUUUUAGCAAUUGCUGAAGUUCUGGGUUCAAAAGCAAGUAUGUCCCGCGAUAAGUACAAAACGCUGCAGUGCUUGGAGUCAGCAGCUGUUAAUUCCCUCAUCAGCGUGGACUGGGGUGGUACUUUGCUUCAUGUUCUUCCCAUGAUGCAAAUUAAUUUUAAGAGUUUGCAAGAUCACUUGUAUAAGUUUUCUGAGAAUUUUGAUCAAGUUCUGGCUUUCAAACCUACUGGAUGGACCUACUCUGAUUCCUGCCUUUCUCUGGUGGAUAUCAAACCUCAGACAAGAGGAAGGAUCACUAUAUAUGGGAUUCCUUACAGUGAACACAGCAGUUACCUGGAAAUGAAGCGUUUUGUUCAAUGGUUGAAGCCACAGAAAAUCAUCCCCACUGUAAAUGUCGGUGACUGGAGAGCCAGAAGCUCGAUGGAGAAGCAUUUUAGAGACUGGAUGAUUGAGGGCAAUAGGCAUAAAUAAAUAUAAGGAAGAAUGUAUAUUUCAAAGGAGGUAGGCUGGAGUGGGAACUGUGAGUUUUAUUUAACUCCAUUUUCCACAGAGCUUUCUUUAGGGAGGACUAAGCUGCUGUUUUCCUGAGAAAGCUGAAUUUUUUUAAAAAUGCACCUUGCUUGCUCAUAUACCUACUACUUAUUUUUUCCAUAACUUAGUAACUUCUUUGCAAAUAUCUAUUUCAGGUUAUUUUUAUUUUACUCCUUUUUCCCCAUUCUUAGUUUUCCUCAGCUUAUGAAGAUGCUCAAAUGUAUAAUGCUGGGAAAGAAAACACUUCCAGGUUACUCAUUUCUGAAAAUAAGCUAAUUGUAAGAAGAGAGGCAAUACCAAGCUUAUGUCACAUGCUAUCAAUUCAGGCUUCAGAGAAGCUCGUUUCAUGAAGCAGAACUGGCUGCAGCUUAAAUCAUGUAAGCAAAAUUUACUUGACUCAGGCUCUUGCAGCCUAUGUACUUUGGAAAAUGAUUUUUAUAAAAGGCAUUGCUACCUACAUUCCACUCCAGAUUUUUAGGUUUGUUUUUUGGGAGUUUUGUGGGGUUUGUUUGUUUGGUUUGUGGGGUUUUUUUUGUGUAUGUGUUGGUUGGUUUUUUUUUUUUAAUAAAGAAUGUACAGGACGUACAUGAA